ACGACAUUGUCUGACUUCAUCGGAAAAGAAAUUUUUUUCUAAAAAAAUUGUAAAAUUCAAGUAUUUUUUUUUACAAAAGUCUUGAUUUUGGUUUAUUCUUCAAUCUACCGUUUCCAAAAAUGGCAUGACAUAAACGGAGUGUAGGUACCUCCCUUGUCGGGAACCAUUUUAGUGAGGAAGCCUCAUAUUUUCUUAGUUCAGUUUUUACUUUCACUACUCCUCCUUUUGCCUUUUUCCUUUCCGUUAAGCAAAUCUCAAUUAAAAGAAGCUUUUUCGCUCGUUCAAGAGGAAUUAUUCUGAACACAAUUCUACCAAACUAUUUACUGGCGACUUAUUUGAUUCUAAAACUCGUCUGUUGAUCCGAAAAAGCUAGAAGGGUUCAAUUGACUUAUUUGCAUUUCAUUCUACGUGUGUGUGUGUGUGUGUGUUUUUUUUUUUUUUUUUCUUGACUAUCUCAUCCCAUUAAGAGAAUUGAACAUUGGAUGUUCUCGUUGUUUUUGCAGAAUUGAUUCGUCCUUCCAUUGCUCAUUGCCCUGCAGAUUCCAACCGUUUAUUUCCAUACAUUUGAAUGUCUGUAUUUUCAUUAAAUUAUUGAUAACAAUUUUUUUGAUAUCCGUGACAUUUCCAAGCUCGGUGGUUUGGCAGCAUCGACUGAUUGUUCAUUAUACGCUAAAGUUUUUGAAGAAAUCUUCCAUUCUUUUCCCUCGAGUUGUAUAUGAUAAUUAGUUUUCCUAUACUUCCUUUAAGCCCUGUUAUUAAGCAUAAUUUUACUUAUACUUAAGGCAACCUCUUCUUCUUAUUGUUUCUUUUCUUUUCUGGUUGUUUUUUAUCUUCUCUUUACGACCUUUAUUGUACUUCCUGGUUGAUUUCUCUUUAUUUUAUUCUUUUUUUUUGAUCUUUUCUGUUUCGCUUCUUUCUUUUUAACCCACUUUUUGUUGGUUUCAAGUUGUUUAUUAUCUUUUUAUCAUCUUUGUUACUCGUUUUAAUUCACCAUGUAUGCUACUGUAAAAUCAAACGCGAAAGUUUCUGAUGGCAUGAGUGAAAAUGCCCCGUUUAACUUUUCUUCCGGAUAUACCGACGGUCGUCCAAGCUUGAUUUCAAGUGGUUCACCUCGUGAAAACAUGAUUUCUUCGUUAUCACCAUACUCCCAAUCUUCUGGAAGUGAUGAUCACUCUGAUACUUCCUCAUCUUUCCUCAAUCCUUUUCCGUCUUUCCAUCGGUUGUCAAUGAACCAAGAAACCGCAGAUACCGUCUCUCUGAACAGUGCGCAUCCUUUUCGAAACAAACAUCUGGCAAAACCGCCUCUUUCUUCUUUAACAAAUUUACAGGAUCCCGUUUUUACUCACUAUCCUGCUAACAUUGAGUCUCCAUUUCACUCUAAAGGCCUUGUUGAUUCGAGUAAUAAAAGCAACGCCCUUAACCAAGACACCAGUUCUCCCUCAAAGGUUAAUUUAUACGGUCAGCUCGGCUCUGAUUCUGGUGUUCGCUUUCCCCAGUCUUUACAAAACUCUGUUCCUCCUUUAAAAGCCGAUUUAGGAAGAACUCUUUCUAGUGGUCUUCCUCAAACACCUUCUAGUCGGAUUUUAUCUCGCCAUACUCGAGCUCACUCUGACUUUUGGAAGCCUGUUAAUCGACGUGCUGUCCGCCAUACGUCGCAUUCUUCCAUCGGUGAUAUGGCAUCUAUUACACAAGCGGCUCCAUUAUCCGGAACUUUGCCAAACUAUAAGGAUAAGCUAGAUGUGAAUUUUCUAUCUCCUCCUAAUGUGGUAAAUGAGCGGAAUUCUAUUUCCGCAACAUCUCCAACUCUCGCUUCUGACAUAUCGUCUUCUUCAAAGUCUGACCUUACUUCUAUGCCUCUUGUUUCAAACCAAUCCGUUUAUCCAAUUGCUAAUCCGACGGUUAAACACAAUGCAUUAGAUUCUUCAAGGUCUUAUGCAAAUAUCAACCAGGAUUUAGCUCCUGUAGGUGGUUUUGGAAGUAUUCCAAUCGAUGGUAUCUCAAAUCCGUAUCCGACCUUAAACGUCGAGGAUCAGUUACUUAAGGGAUCUCAUGGACAUAAUUAUUUUUCUCAGUCUAAGCUACUGCAUGUCUUCCAUAAUAAUAAAAAGAAGCGAUUCGAGCUUUCUGAUAUUUUAGGAAACGUCGUUCUAUUCAGUAGUGAUCAAUAUGGCUCAAGAUUUAUACAACAGAAAUUAGCAACUGCUACUGAAGAAGAGAAAAGUGCUGUUUUCGAAGAGAUUAUUUCUAGUAAUUGCUUACAACUUAUGAUGGAUAUUUUUGGAAAUUAUGUUAUACAGAAAUUUUUAGAAUAUGGUACAGACAAACAGAAAACCCUUUUGGUUUCCAAAAUCAAGGGUCACACUUUUGUAUUGGCUGUCCACAUGUAUGGUUGUCGUGUUGUACAGAAGGCAAUAGAACAUAUUGCUACAGAACAGCAAGUUGAAAUUGUUAGUGAACUUGAUGGUCAUGUAUUGGAGUGUGUUUGUGAUCAGAAUGGAAACCAUGUCAUUCAAAAGUCUAUUGAAUGUAUAGACUCAAAGAAGCUUGGUUUUGUUUUUGAGGCUUUGCGACCUCAAAUACAUGUGUUAUCGGCUCAUCCUUAUGGUUGUCGAGUAAUUCAACGAGUUAUUGAAAAGUUUACAUAUGAACGUCAAAUUAUAAUUGAUGAUCUCCUUCCUUAUUCUUUACAAUUGACCCAAGGUCAGUAUGGUAACUAUGUUGUUCAGCACAUACUGAAAAAAGGCACCAAUAAGGAUAAAAACUUUGUUUUUAAACUAAUAACUAAGAAUUUGCUAUACUUGAGUUGUCAUAAGUUCGCAUCAAACGUUGUUGAAAGAUGUAUAUCUUACAUUUCCGAAAACGAUCGCGCCUAUAUUAUUCAAAAAGUGCUAACUGAAAAAGUUGACAAUGUCAGCAUUUUAAUGUUGAUGAUGAAAGACAAGUAUGCAAAUUAUGUGGUUCAAAAGCUUCUGGAGGCUUCAAACGAAAAGGAGCGUGAAUUGCUAAUUUCUUAUAUAUACCCUCAUAUAUCAACUCUAAAAAAAUACACUUAUGGUAAACACCUGAUCAUGUCUGUUGAACGAUAUCGUCAAAAUCCACGAAGCGAAAACUCAAAGGAAACAAGGCUUGAUAAGAAGGACUAAUUUCAGAGGUUUGUGAAUAUGAAUGAUUGUGUUUUCCUUAUGUUUAGUUGCUCGAUUGGAUUCUGUAUAUAAAUUCAAAGGUUUUUUAUAUUUUAUAUUUUUAAACGAUUUUUAUGAUGAAUGGAUUCUAGUUUGUUUACGAGAAACAAAGCUACGUUACUGCUAUGUUACUACUAUGAAUAUUUCUUAUUUCAUGUGUUUAUAUCACUUUUUUUUAGCAUCAUAUGACGACGCGUCUGACUCUAAACACCUCACGGAUUUUCUGCUUUAUAUAAACGAUUUACGAACGCUUAAUUUCUAGACAAAAUGAAUCGACUCUAAUUUUUGAUAAAAUCCUUAGUGAAUUAAAUCGUCAGGUAUAAUAAAAAAAGUUAAGAGAUGAUAACUUUAUGCGAUGAGACGACCGUGUUCCUCUGAUUCUAGAUGAGCAGCAUCUCCAAAAGUAUAAAUAUGUCCUGUACCUUCAGAAGUAACUUCGACUUCCGUAAUGCUAGUGUUGACAGUAAGAAUUUUCUUUUCCAAUUUGGUACGAUCAUAGGUAUAACCCUUUUCUUCCAUAAAAUGAGCACGAAGAGCAUUGAUUACACCUCCAUGACAAAGGACAACCACAAAUUUCUUUUUUUCAGAUAAAGGAACAACGUGCUCGUCCCAAAAUUUAACAAGUCUUUGCAUUAAACUUGAAAAACCUUCUCCGUAAUGAUCAGGGUGCUUAGUACCCAUCAGGCGUUUUGCUUCAACCACGUUCAUUCCUAUUGUUUUCUCAUUAGCACUUCCAAGACUUUUGUAGGUAUAUUAAAAAAGCUACGAAUACUGUACCUUCCAAUUCUCCA